CGCCAGGCCUUUGAGCACACAGUACUCAUUAUUUGUAAUUCCGCUGAAUACCGCUGUUUUCAAGAUGGCAGACAAAACGGACUUGAAACUGGAAAUUUCUGUGCCCUUUACGACGGAAUCUGAAGCACAAAUUGCCUGCAACUCUCUUUCUGUUGACCAAGAACCGAAACGUGGAGGAGCAAAGAAAAUGCUCACUGUGAAAGGAAAUGUACUACAUGUAACAAUACUGUCCUCUGAAGCCAAGACACUCAGAGUUUGUGCAAAUGGCUUCCUUGAUCAUUUAGCUUUAGUAACUGAGACAAUUGAAGCAUUUGGACCUCCUCUGGAAGACUCAUGAUCUUUACCUGUGGUGUAGCAAAUCAGUGGUCAGGCCCUACAAAUAACUGUGCUCACUUGCAGUGUAUGUACUCUCUUGUGUUUGACCCAAUGCUGUCAGAAUGAUCCACCUGGUCACCAAGUUAAAUGCUCUUUGAUACAACAAACUUUGGAAAACUGCCAUUUUUUCAUUAGUAGAACAGAAUAAUAAGCUUAAAUUCAAGUACUUCUCUCAGGAAAACUCUCAAGCAAGAAUGUGGAGAGUACCAUAAAGAUUUGAUUUAGUGCCCUCCUUCCAGAAAGUGCACCCUUUCUAAUAAGCAUUUCCCAUUGAACACCAAUUUUCUAGUGCAGAGUGCACUAUUGGGAUGGUUUAGGGGGCCGUUGUCCACUAAGCCGCUAACGCCAUAAUGUGUUUAACUUUAAUGUUUGUUUAAUUAAUUAAUUUCAAUUAAUCAAUUAGCCUUGGUGGAAGGGGGGGCUAGGUGGGGUAGGUACUCGAGUGCAUUACACAAAACAUGUCAUACUUACGUUGGUUUCUUGAAAACAUGACAAAGCUAUAUACAUGUUUUUGCAAAUCUCUUGCUAUCCUUGUGGUGCUAUUCUCUUAAGAACAAAUAAAGCAGUUUGCUCGAAAUGCGUGCGCAGAUAAGUUAGCCUUCAGUGUCGACCACUAGUCCAGUUCUGGCCCUCUCUCUGUCCCGCAACGCUACCGUAGCGUUGCUUGACAGAGAGAGGGCCAGAACUGGACUAUUUUGACCAGGGAUAGCAGCUGUAUUUCAGGUAACGUCAUUCUACCUUUUUUAGUGCAAAUAACACUACUGUAACUGUGUAUCUUCUGGAAUCACCCCUAGCUCGAUUCAAGAAAUUUUGUCUGUUCUUUUAUAAUUAUUGUGUGUUUGCUAAGGUUCAAAUAAAGAAUGCUUUUCCUUA